UCCAACCCUACGAUUAGUGGACGACCCGCUCUACCCCCUGAGACACAGCCGCCCCAAGUGUGUGUGAGUGUGUGUUAGAUGUGUGUAAGGGUGUUAGGUGUAAGUGUGUUGUGUAUGUGUGUGUGUAAGUGUGUUAGGUGUAAGUGUGUUGUGUGUGUGUGUGUGUGUGUGUGUGUAUGUGGGAUUGGGAGGUGUCCAAAGUGGAGUGAUGAUGGUCAGACAUUUGUGAUUAUAUAAUGAAACAGCAGUGAGACCUCAUUAGACCCCAACACACACACACACACACACACACACACACACACACACACACACACAGUCCAAGUCCUGCUGUGACCUUGACCUCAUUAUGAUCUUUGACCUCUUGGUGCCAGUGUGAGCCUGCCUGUGCUGGAGAAGUGAUGUAGCUGUGUGUGUGUGUGUGUGUGUGUGUGUGUGUGUGUGUGUUGUUUACUGUAUCACACAAUCAGUCUUUGUAUCUACUCCUGAAACAAAAGCCAUUGUUGAUCACACAGUGAGGCUUUCACACAUACACACACACACACACACCUAAGCUCCGCCCUCAUCUGGAGGGAGGGAUAGAGUGAUGAGAUGGAGGUGUAGAGUCAGUGAUGAGACAGCAGGACAGACCUCACUUCUGAUCAAUGAUUUUUUUGAGUCUAGAACAUCUCGCGUCACGGUGCAACGUCUCUGGAACUUCAGGACCAAGUGAACACAUCUACAACACCUACAGUGGGUCUGGAGCAGAGCCAAGGCUAGAGUCUAGAACAUUCUGGUGAUGUCUCAGGAGCAUCAACAUUGAGCCUAGAACAUUCUUCUGUGGUUCUGGAGCAUUAGGAACAAGUCUAACGUUCUUCUGAAGGGACUGGAGCUGCAUCUAAAGAGAGCCAGGUCUAGAACGUUCUCUGGGCUGUUUGGAGCACCGUUGCUGAAGAUAAAUCAUUGUUCUGUCUUGGUCUUGGGUGUGUUCUGGAGCUCUGGAGUGUCUGAGCUAAGUUUAGAAGGUUCCGCAGUGUGGCUGGAGAAGUAAAGCAGAAUCUAGAAGGUUCUCUGGUUUAGCUGAAGUGUAGAAGGUUCUCUCUGCUCGUUGGUGAAGAUGUUCCCGAUGAAGCAGCCCUGGCUGUGUAAAGUUUUAGGUUGCUAUGACAGCUGUGUGCGUUGCCUUGGCGCCGUGCCGUACAUCACUCUGAGCGCCACGCUGCUGUGUUACGCCGGAGUCGCGCUCUUCUGUGCCGGAGCACACGAGGCCCUCACACACACACACACACUCGUCCACACACACUUCGCCCGUGCACAGCAAGACUUCGAGGUGCUCGCUGACUUUAUUAAAUAUUUUCAGUAUGUGGUUUACGGCCUAGCGUCGUUCUUCUUCCUGUACGGGAUUUUGUUGCUCGCUGAGGGAUUUUACACCACGAGCGCCGUCAAGCAAACCUUCGGAGAAUUCCGGAGUACCAAGUUCAGCCGCUGCCUCAGCCUCACCUUCCUGAUCGUGACGUGUGUGUUGGCGGUGAUUUGGCUGGUGGUGUUCGCCUUCUCUGUCAUUCCCGUCUACUUCCUGUUCAACAUGGCCGAGACCUGCCACACCGUGCACAUCCUGUCUGAGACCACCACCAGCUUAAACCAACACGCCUGGGUGUGCGUGGACGCGCGGCAGUACGGUCUGCUCCCUUGGAAGGCUACACCAGGUAAAGUGUGUGGCAUGACCAUGGCCAACAUCUGCAAAGAACCUGAGUUCUACAUGACCUAUGACCUUUAUAUCACCGCUCUCGCCGGAGCAGGAGCCACGCUGCUCGGCCUGAUCCUCUAUAUCAUAGCUGCCACCUAUAACUACGCUGUUCUGAGGUUUCUCGGUAGUAAGGGGAUCCGUUGCUAG